CCAUAAAUUUAAUCCCGAAAAGCUAAGACCAUCGUAUCGUGUACAUGUACAUGUAGGAGGCAGCUGUUGGACCGCUUGCAAAAAUGUGAGCGCGAAAUUUGUCCAUUCUGGAGGAGAUGUGCACGACAACAAUCAGCUAUCUUGGAAAGUAAAGCCGUAGGGAUUCUUCGGUGUUGGAAUGGCUAGCUGUCGCGAGCUAUUUUAGGUGGCAUUGAUGUGGUUUUUGGUUGCUACGGCAGUGUCGCCAGCCUAUUCAUCUGUCGUGUCAACGUACAGCACAUAUGAACUGUACAUGUAUUCACACAAUCACAGCGCCUCUGCACUGGAUAUGUACAUGUACAUGUAGGCCUACACGGAUGUGGGCCCAGAUCGGUUGUUCUGUACAUUUCAUGAUUGCACUCUGCACUCAGCUAGCUUUUUUGUCCAUCUGCACUUGGCUCGACAAAACUGAAGUGCAACUUUUCAUAUUCUGCCUGGGCAAAUGUUGACCAUGUAUCCUGAAUCGUGUCCACUGGAGAACAAGAUUUGUUUCCUUCGAGAAACUUAAUCCAGUCAAGUUUGCUUUGAAUUGAUAUCUGUCACCAGGUCAUUUGACUCGUGUCAAAUUCGGUUAGACACAACAUAAAACAAUGCAUAAAUCUGACUUGAAUCUAGACCGAGUUAUUGAGCAGCUUCUACAAACCACAGGAAAGCAGGUCCAGCUCCCGGAGAACCAGAUCCGUCAGCUAUGCCAGCUGUCCAGGGAGAAGUUUCUGGAGGAGCCCAUGCUGCUAGAGCUAGAAGCUCCCGUCAACAUCGUGGGGGACAUCCAUGGCCAGUUCUCAGACCUCAUCCGGCAUUUUGAAACACUGGGCUAUCCCCCUGAGAGUAACUACCUCUUCUUGGGCGACUACGUUGACAGGGGCAAGCAGUCGCUGGAGACGAUCUGUCUGAUGUUAGCAUACAAACUGAAGUAUCCCAGCAACUUCUUCCUCCUACGAGGGAACCAUGAAUGUGCCAGCAUAAACAGGAUAUAUGGUUUCUACGACGAAUGCAAACGCAGGUACAACAUUAAGCUGUGGAAAACAUUCACAGACUGUUUCAACUGUCUGCCAAUUGCGGCCUUAGUGGAAGGAACGAUAUUCUGUAUGCAUGGAGGGCUGUCUCCUGACUUGUCUACUGUGGACCAGCUGAGGCAUAUCAAUCGACCCUUAGACAUUCCUGACCAUGGCCUUGUCUGUGAUCUACUGUGGGCUGAUCCAGAUGAUGAUAUCACAGGCUGGGGGGAGAAUGAUCGCGGUGUGUCUUACACCUUUGGUGGCGACGUGGUACGACACUUCUUGAAGAGGAACGACCUCAGCCUUAUAGUCAGGGCUCACCAGGUCGUUGAAGACGGGUACCAGUUUUUCCAGAAGAGGAACUUGGUGACGCUGUUCAGUGCUCCCAACUACUGCGGCGAGUUUGACAACGCUGCCGGUGUGAUGAUUGUCACUGAGGACCUCACUUGCUCCUUCUCCAUACUGCCGCCUGAAACCAAGAAGGAAAUAACUGGCAAGAAGAAAUAACAAGGCACUGUGGAGUGUGCGGAUAAUGCUCACCUUGGUCCCAACUCUUUGCAACCUGAGAGCAGUCGGUCAGUGAAGAUUACCCUCGCUAAUGAGCUUUGUGGAUUUCCCCGUGCAGGCAAGGUUUUGUGAAGGAAUCAAGAGGGUAUAGUUGGCAUCUGUCCAACCAAAGCUGAUAAGGGAAGUAAAUAAAAAACUUCCCCGAUUUCCAUACAAAGUAAUGAAUAAUAAUAAACAAAAAGUUUUCUUAAAAUGUAGAGAAAAAGAAAGACAUUUCAGUCAGUUUGUGGAACCGUCUUUGCUUUAAGAAAUUAGACCUUGAAUACAUGCUUGUUGGCAUUUAGUUUUCAGCCCUGAAAAGGAAUUUAAAAAGUUCCUCGUAAGCUCCAAAGCUUAGAAUGAUAAAAACAAAAAGUGAACUGAAGAAAAAGAGACAACUGGAAAAAUGUGACAUGAAAAAUGGGAACUGAAAAGUGGAAAAAAAUCAUUCAAGCAUGUCCCUUGUACACCUAUCUGAAGCUUAAAUGUUUUAUGUUUUGCUUCCGUGGGUCACUGAAAACUUCAAGUAUGCAACUCCAGUUGAUUUUAUUUGCUUACAGCUCACAAUGCCAUCUUAUUCCUUGCUGAAUACAUAUCGACCAAUCUUGUAAAUAUGAUUUUAAAGCAGUGGCCCGAAAGUUGCCGAUAUUCUCUGAAGUUCCGAGUUUGCUGAGUUAGGUGUUCUUCUGCAUAUGGAGUUAAAUAUAUACAACCAGUACUAUUCAGAAUUGUUCCUGUGUUUUUCUGAUGGUAGGAUUUAAUUUCCAUCUUGCCAUGGUUCCUGAUAGUACAAUACUUGUUCAACAUUCCUUAUACCCUCCAGUGCUCUCUGACAAACUUUAAGAGUCAAUUAAUUUGUUGUAAAAAUAUAUGCCUCGGUCGUUGAACUGCCUUGAGAGAAUUUAUUAAAAAUUCACAUGACA